AUGAAGCAGUCACUACAAGACGGACACGAGGAUCAGGAGGAGCUCUCGUCUCGUCAUUCCAUGGCUCCCGUUAACGAGAGACGACUUUUGUUCAAAAUAGACGUCUUUGUUUUGUCGUUUGUGUGUUUGCAGUACUGGAUCAACUAUGUCGACCGUGUAGGGUUUGCAAAUGCUUACGUCUCUGGCAUGAAAGGGGACUUGGAACUCGAGGGGGACCAAUUUAAUCUCAUCAACACUUGCUUCACUGUUGGGUAUAUUUUGGGUAUGAUCCCCAACAAUCUCAUCUUGUUAAUGGUACAGCCGCGAAUUUGGCUGAGUUUCUGCACCCUUGCUUGGGGCGUGCUUACGCUCUCAAUGUACAAGGUUACGUCCUUUCAGCAAUGCUGCGCUAUUCGCUUUUUCCAGGCGGUGUUCGAGAGUUGCACUUUCUCAGGAACACAUUUGAUUCUGGGGUCAUGGUACAAGGAGAAGGAGCUUACGAUAAGAACCGCUAUUUUCACCAGUAGUGGUCUGAUUGGCUCAAUUUUUAGUGGCUUUAUGCAAGUCGCUAUCCACAAGUCGCUUGAUGGUCGCCGGGGACUAUCUGGAUGGAGAUGGCUUUUUAUCAUCGACUUCUUGAUCACUAUACCAGUGGCAAUCUACGGGUUCGUAUUCUUCCCCACCACACCAGACCAUAUGAACCGCACUCGCCGCGGCUUGCGCUUGUUCUCCGAAGAGGAGCUUCAAUUCGCGAGGAGGCGGCUGCCGGCUCGUAACGAAAGCACGCGCUUGGACUGGUCAGUCUUCAAAAGAGUGCUUGGAAGGUGGCAUUGGUGGCUAUUUAGCUUUGUGUGGAUACUCGGCGGUGAGAACAUAUCGCUGGCAUCCAACUCGACAUUUGCGCUGUGGCUUCAGGCCCAGAACUAUUCGCUCUCCCAGAAGAACCACUACCCAAUGGGCAUCUUCGCCGUGGGCGUUGUUGCAACUUGUGGAGCGGCAGUAUAUCUUGACAAGGUGCGGCGCAGCAAACACUGGCAUGUCGCUGUCUUUAUCGGGGUGAUAAUGUGUGUCGUUGCAGUGAUGAUCCGUGCCAGGCCCACGCAUCCAGCAGUCCUUUUUACUGCACAGUACAUUGGAGGAGUGUGCUACGCCGGACAGGCCGUGUUCUUCGCCUGGGCUAACAUAGUGUGUCGCGAUGAUCUACAGGAAAGAGCAGUGGUUCUAGCCUCGAUGAACAUGUUCUCGGGAGCUGUCAAUGCGUGGUGGUCACUUGUGUUCUACGCUGCGACGAUGGCCCCGCGGUACGAAAGAGGCUGUUACGCCUUGAUAGCUACUUCCAUCGCUAGUGGACUUGUUUCGGUGCUCAUCCGUUGGCUACAAGUUCGCGAGACAAAGCAAAAACUCGACCACAUUUCCGAAAACUUGAACUACGCAGGAGCAAAUGCGGUCCCAGAGGUCAUCGAGCCUGAUUCCAUCGAGCUCAAAGAGCUGGAAGAAGAGCGCGUUUGA